AUGUGCAUUCUUGUGACAAAAUCUUCCAAAACUCCCACACCUCACGGAGGAGGGAUAUCGGAGGUCGCGCGAUUGAAGCUCCUCAGUAUGGUUGAGCGGCGGUCCCGCGCACAGAGCUGUGGUGUUCGCGGAACGGUGAACGGCCAGUGUGUCUGGUACGAUUGGAAUUGGAAGCGGACGGAAGGCUGGCAAAGCUGUGGGGGUGGAUCGGAGAUCGCAGUGGCGGAGUGGUGUUCGUCGGUUUGGAGACGAGCGGCGGAUCUUGGUGAGAACAGAGAUUCCACUAUUUUUUUUCUUAACACCAACCUGCAGGUUGAAAAUGUCUCUAUGCUUGCAAGGUAUUUGGUGAAAAUCCUUAGCCAACUUUUCUUCUUUGAUCAUGUGGAUAUUGGUGUUCCUGUAAGUAAAAAGCACAAUAAAGGCUUUCUAAAAAGUGUUGAGAAAUUAGUUGAUAUUACAUGUACAAAAAUAAAACUAAAACCAGGUUUUGACAAAAAAAGGGUUGUAGCUGUAGAAAUUAUGUACAGUCGAUAA